AUGAUAAAGGAGAAGUUGAAGACCGCACAAGACCGACAAAAGAGUUAUGCGGAUAACAAGUCCAAGGAUCUUGAGUUUGCAGUUGGGGAUUGGGUGUUCCUAAAGUUAUCUCCUUGGAAGGGUGUGAUGAAAUUUGGGAAACGUGGGAAGUUAAGCCCUCGUUACAUUGGACCCUAUGAGAUCACAGAGCAAAUUGGACCCGUUACCUACAGACUUGCGUUACCCCCAGAACUAUCUCGAGUUCAUGAUGUGUUCCAUGUAUCCAUGUUAUGGAAGUACAUGCCAGACCCUUCCCAUGUGUUAGAAUAUCAACCUGUGGAGUUAAAAGAAGAUUUGUCAUAUGAAGAGCAACUUGUGCAGAUCCUGGAGAGGAAAGAACAAAUGUUGCGUUCUAGAUCCAUCCCGGUAGUGAAAGUUUUAUGGAGAAGUCAAACUGUUGAAGAAGCUACAUGGGAGCAUGAGGAGCAGAUGCGGGCCAAGUACCCAUAUCUCUUCCAUUGGGUUAAGGGUAAUUUUGAUCAUUUUCUUAUCUGGAAGGAUUUUGAGACAACGAGUGGUUUGGUUGCGUAG